UUGCUGAAGCUCGGGGCCAAUGAACAGCGCCGUCCUUUGUUCCUGUGGCUGCAACUGUCGGGCUGCUGCCGGGAGCCGCUGCUUCGGCUGCUGUGGCGGCGGUGCCGCGGGACGAGACGCGGAGUGGAGCGUCCGGCUUCGCGGAGAGCCGCGCCGUGUUUGUGCAGAAUGUCAUCAGAUGAAGAGAAAUGCUCACUUCCCGUUAUGCAGAAAGACUCUGACCAGCACAGUUCUGUCUCUUCAGAUCUUCAGGAAGAAUAUGAAGAACUGCUUCGUUAUGCCAUUGUGACUCCAAACAUUGAAUCAGAUGCUUCACAGCCAUGUCAUUCUAAGGGAGAAGUGGUACCAGAUGUUAGGGUUCCUACUGUAAUUGAUGAUAUUCUUCAUAAUCAAGCAGGAAAUAGCCCUGUAGUAAGAGAAACAAGGAUGGAAGUUGGGAAAGGAUGUGAUUUGAAUAUUUCAAGUCAUUCAAAGACAGAUGGGUCAUCACCAGUGUCAUCACCAAGGAAGCCCUCACACCCAGUCAUGGAUUUUUUCAGUUCUAACCUCUUAGGUGACUCUUCCUCACCAGGGUCUAUUUCUAGUCAUGCAGACGUCCAUGAGAUCGUUGUGAGCGAUUUUCUUAUUUCUGAUGAAAACCUUCAGAAGAUGGAAAAUGUACUUGAUCUUUGGAGUUCAGGACUUAAGACAAAUAUCAUAUCUGAACUAAGCAAAUGGAGACUUAAUUUUAUUGACUGGCACAGAAUGGAAAUGAAAAAAGAGAAAGAAAAACACGCAGCACACUUAAAACAACUGUGCAACCAGAUCAACAGCUUGAAGGAGCUGCAGAAAGCCUAUGAAGUCUCCAUUGGGAGAAAAGAUGAGGUGAUUUCUAGCUUGUCGCAUGCCAUAGGCAAACAAAAGGAAAGGAUAGAGUUGAUGAGAACAUUCUUCCACUGGCGAAUUGGCCAUGUUAAAUCCAGACAGGAUGUCUACGAAGGUAAACUGGCUGACCAGUACUUCCAGAGAACUUUACUGAAGAAAGUCUGGAAGGGCUGGCGAUCCAUAGUACAGAAGCAGUGGAAAGAUGUGGUGGAAAGAGCUUGUCAGGCAAGAGCGGAAGAAGUUUGUGUCCAGCUUUCCAAUGAUUAUGAAACCAGAGUUGCUGUGUUAUCUGGAGCUUUGGAAAAUGCAAAAGCUGAGAUCCAAAGAAUGCAGCAUGAAAAAGAGCAUUUUGAAGAUUCCAUGAAGAAAGCCUUCAUGAGGGGAGUUUGUGCAUUAAAUCUCGAAGCCAUGACUAUAUUUCAAAACAGAGGUGAUACAGGGAUAGACUUCACAAAUAAUAAAAAGGAAGAGUAUGGCCCUGGCAUUCAAGGAAAAGAACAUUCUGCUCAUUUGGAUCCUCUGGCCCCUCCGAUGCCCUCAGUAGUUGCACAGCCACCGUCCCCACCGCCAGCAGCCAUGGGAGCAGCCAGCGCUGCUGCUUUUCCCUCUGCUGCUUCCAUCUCUUCUGCUGGGCCUGCUUCCGCUUCCUCUACUCACCCUCCCGUUUCUGCAGCUCUUGGCGCUGGACCUACAGCUACUGCUGCACCAGAAGAAAUGUAUGUGCCCAGAGUUGUGACAUCUGCACAACAGAAAGCUGGAAGAACAAUUACAGCCCGGAUCACAGGGAGAUGUGAUUUUGCCUCAAAAAACAGAAUUAGCAGCGGCUUAGCUAUAAUGGGAGUUUCUCCUCCCAUGAGCUCAGUUGUUGUGGAGAAACAUCAUCCAGUCACAGUGAUGGUUGCUAGAUGAUUAAGAGAAGCUGGAGAGAUUGUUUAAACUUAGCCUCCGGUAAAGAAUGGCCAUAGGAAAGGAAAGUGGAAGACGGACACAGAGGCACCAAGUCCAGAUGGAUAUGGAAGGUGGAGGAGUAUCAGCCUUCAGAGGUUGCAGAGACUCUGAAGUCCUUAGGUGACUUCUCGACAUAUGUUUGAAUAUGUGAGAUUAGUUAUCAGAAAUAAGAAAUGAACUAAUUUCUAUUUUUGCCAGCACAUAUGUGUAUAGAGAAGGGACUAUCCAUUUAUAAGAUAAUGAAGGCAUAAAGAGACCAUACAUAUAUGCUUACUUUUAAUUUAGGCAGCCUUUUGUUUUUGUACUAAUGAUAGGAAUUUGUAUUCUACGAGGAAAAAAAACCAAAGAAAUAAAAGACAACUCCUCUGAGGCUUCCCUCCCCAGCUGCCCUUUGCUGAUUGUCUAUAACACUUCUCCAGCAACUGGUUGUGAACAAGACAGCCGUCAACUGCUUCCGUUAUUCCCUAAGUGGGACUAUAUGACAGACAGCUAGAGCAGUCCUCUGUACUCUCCCUCUAUCCCCAGAAUUGGGAGCUGUAACUACUGGAAACAGCUGUUCCUAACAAACCAUGGAUUUCUGACACAUUAGCCCCAUCUGCUGGAUAAUUGCUUGUUCCCUGUGCUCCCUCAUUCUAGGUCAUAUUUUUGUAGAUCAUGAAAGCAGUGGUAGGGUGAAUCUGUUUCUCCAUUUCCUGUAGCCCAGGUCCCCAAGGAGAAAUCGCUCUCUGAACAGGGUCGGAUUAGGUGGUUGGCAACUAGUUUCUUACUAGUUGGAAGAUCUCCCCACCUGUAAUGCUUAUCCAGUUACUUACGUACAGUGAAAUAGUUCUGUAAAAUACCUUACAGUCAGGAAAUUAUUUUUCUGUUUCUUUAAGGAGGAACUCUUAAAGCGGAAUGUCACAAACAGCUUUAAGAGUUUUCAUUCAUUAUUUUUUUAAGAAAAGGUUUUUUUAAAAUACAUAGUGAAUGUUGUG